AUGCUUGAAGGGAACAGCUCUUCUUUCCUUACCAUUGCCAAAAGGCAAGAAGAGCUUGCUGUCACUGCCACAGGAAAGGGAGUGUCACUACCGUUGUUCCACGAGCAUCCUAUGAUCCCUUGGAAUGAUCUGAGGAGAGGUCGUUGUUGUGAUUGCUUUGAAUCUCAGAGUGAUGGCUACUAUUGUAAACUCUGUGAUCUUUUUGUUCACGAGAAAUGUGGCGAGCUCUCUGACUCCAUCCAUCUGACCCCAAUCACACUCUCCAGCUUCGACAUAUUUCAGGUGUUAGCUGUUCUUUAUGUGGAAGAUUCACUGUUGAACUUUGCUAUGGUUGUGAGACGUGUGUCUUUGUUGUGGAUCUACACUGUGCCAAGUAUCCACCACCACGAGAUGUUAUUGACAAUUUGGAGACGCACAAUCACAAGCUCACACUUUUGA